CUGAGGUUCCGCCUUACAUCUUCCGGUCUCCUUCGCCGAAGUCUCUGGAGUCGUCUCAGAGUUUCGCAUCUGUGGACGAGCAGCGGACGCACGUUGAGCAUGGGUCGUGGAAGCCGUAGCCGCAGUUCCCGGGUGGCCGCCCCGGCCAGCCGGGCCCCUCAGAUGCGAGCUGCACCCCGGCCAGCCCCUGCAGCCCAGCCGCCAGCAGCAGCGCCCCCAUCUGCCGUUGCUUCACCUGCUGCUGCACCUCGGCAGCCUGGUCUGAUGGCCCAGAUGGCAACCACUGCAGCCGGUGUGGCGGUCGGCUCUGCAGUGGGCCACACCCUGGGUCACGCCCUCACUGGGGGCUUCAGUGGCGGUGGGGAUGCUGAGCCCGCAAAGCCUGAUAUCACUUACCAGGAGCCUCAGGGUGCCAGGCCAGCAGAGCAGCAGCCUUGCUUUUUUGAGAUCAAACAGUUCCUGGAGUGUGCCCAGAACCAGGCUGAUGUUAAGCUCUGUGAAGGUUUCAAUGAGGUGCUGAAACAGUGCAGAAUAGCAAAUGGAUUAAUCUAAGAAGUUAUUCAGCCUGAAGAAAUGGAAAGUCUGCUCUGAUGACCAAGUUGCUUUAGCAUAAAAAUGUAAUUAUAGUGAAUGUGUAAAACUCUAAAUUAAACUCUAUUAACAGAGCCCUUGCUUCAGAGUGGCCGUUGGAAAGUGUCCUGAUGGUACAGAAGCUCUUUGAGAUGUAUAGGUUGGGCUGGGCAAGUGUUGUGUGGCCUCUAGAACCAGCUGUGAUGUUUGUGAGUUAAUUGGAAUAAAGUGAUUUUGUUGCUA